ACAGCAGCAGGGGCAGCAGCAGGGGCAGUGGCGGUGGUUGAAGAAUGUGAUGCUGACGAUGACGAUGGUGACGAUGUCGCGCUGAAGACGACGGCUGAGAAGGAGUGAAGCAGCAGGAGGAAGAAGUCUAGAGAACAGGGUCGCGCGUGUUCGCUUCCGGGGUGGAGGGGCCGGCGUGUGACCCCGCCCCGCGAUGGCGCACCGGCUCUCGGCCCGCGCUGGCCGGGCAGCGGCGUGCUGGGGAGACAGCCAGCGGGGGGCCCGGGGACACGGAGGCCACGGGGGCCACGGGGGCUCCGGCGGCGGCGGUGGCGGCGGUAGCGGCGGCGGUAGCCCCCCGCCGCCAGCGUCGCCCGUUCUGUCCUCCGCGGCGGCCGCUUCCCUGGCCUUGAUGGCUGCGGACGACAAAGCGAUCGUCUUCGACUUCAAGACGAUGGCUGGCGGCCACCUGCAGGUGCUGCAUACGGACACGAAUAUGAAGAAGGAUGAUUCGAAGUCGGAACUUGACUUUGCAAACAGCAGCGAGUACGAGUGGAGGCACAGGCCGCCCCCAAGGGGCGUCAGCAACCCCGAGGACUACGCGCUGUGCCAGAGGUUCCUGGAGCUGGGCUGGUGCACGCUGGGGCCCCAGUGCGACUGCGCGCAUUCGGAGGCCGAGCUGGGCGAGUGGAGGCGGCGGCACGCCAUCCGUGCCGGCGCGCGCGGCGAUGGUGGCGCCGGCGGCGGCGGCGAGAUGCCGUGCGGGGGGCAGGAGGCGGCGCUCGGAUACUCGGAGAGCCUCAUCGAGCGCUGGAUGACGGCGCCCAAUCCCGAGGCGGUGCUGAGCGAGUUUGUGGACGGGGUGGACGUGAGCCACUCGCAGGACCUGACGCUUGCUGUGAGCAGCAAGAGAUUCAGCGCCACCUGGGAGUUCGCGCUCGCGUGCAAGCCGCCGCGCUCGCUGCAGCGCGUGGUGCUGCUCUACGACUCGCACCGCCCGCACUUCCACGUCGUCUCCGUGGUGCCGCGCGACGACUCCGGCUUCGACGCCGCCCCCCCGGGCGACUCUGGCCGCCCUCCGACCCCGUGCGGCGGCGGCGGCGACGCCGACUCGUCCGCCGCCCUCCACCGGCCCCCCGGCGGCCCCUCCGAGGCCUCGCAGGGCCCGGGGCGGCGACCGGACGGGGCGGCCGACGGCGUCGCGGCCGGAGCGGUGGGAGGCAGGCAGGAGUGGGCGGCGGGCGACGGCGAUGACGGAGGAGGAGGAGGAGCGAGGGGAGCGUACCGCGUGAGCGUGGAGUUCUCCACGGAUGUGUACGGCACGUUCCGCCAGACGGUGGUGUUCGACUUUGGCUGCUGGCCCGUGCUGGCGCGCAGCCUCACUGUGCACACGGCCGACACGCUGGUGCCGAGCGCCGAGGAAGACCUGCAGCUGCUGUCGUGCGACUGGUGGGACGCCGGCAACCCGUCGGUGACCAUCGUGGAGUUCGGCGUGCCCGUCGGGGUGCCCGCCGCGUUGAUCCCCGCCGCGGGCUCCGCCGAGGAGGAGGGCGGCGUGCCGGGCCCCACCCAGCUGUACCGCGUGCCGGAGCUGCCGCUCGGCCUCUUCUCCAGCCCGGCGCUGCAGCGGCCGCUGCGCGCCGAGAACUACCGCCGGCGCUUCCACGACCUGCUCUACAUCGAGGAGCUGGCGCAGUACAAGGAGAUCAGCCGGUUCAACAUCCGCGCCGACCUGCAGCUGGUGCGCAGCUACAUGCUCACGGGCACCUCGGGCGGCGCCAAGUUUGCGCAGGGCGGCGAGCUCUUCGCCCGCUUCCGCCUGGGCCGCAGCCUGUCGGAGGACACGGCGCACGGCCGCCUGCUCACCACCAGCGUGGGCACCGUGCUCCUGAGGCCCGUGUCGGUGGCGCGGCCCGGCGCCGCCGGCGCCACCGCCGCCAUCGCCACGGACACGACGGAGGACCACGACGCGGCCGCUCGGCGGCUGAGCGAGGACGGCUCGCUGGAGAUUGAGGAGGUCGUCCGGCACCAUCACCACCUGCAGCAGCAGCAUCUGCUGCAGCUGCAGCAGCAGCAGCAGCAGCAGCAGCAGCAGCAGAGGCAGCAGAUGAACGACAGGGGCUGGCUGGAGAAGGCGGCGGCGGUGCCGGCGAUGGUGCCGGCGAUGGUGGAGGAUGAGGAGAGCAGGCGGGCGAGGCGCUUGGGGCUCAAGGUGUACCAGGCGAUGAUCGAGGAGAAGACCAAGGAAUACGUGUUCCUGCGCAUCUCGCGCCAGUGCUGCCAGGAGCUGGGGCUGCGCGCCGACCAGCAGAUCAAGGUGGAGCUGCAGUUCCAGCUGAACCGGCUGCCGCUGUGCGAGAUGCACUACGCCGUGGAUCGCAUCCCGGAGCCCGCUCUGCUCUUCCCCGUCGUCGCCACCCCGCCUGUCAUCCCCUGGGGCCCACACAGGCAGUGGGACGACCAGCUGGACCCGCGUCUCAACGCCAAGCAGAAGGAGGCCGUCCUGGCGGCGACGUCGCCGCUCGCCGUGCCCCUGCCGCCCGUGCUGCUGCUGGGCCCCUACGGCACGGGCAAGACGUUCGCGCUGGCGCAGGCCACCAAGCAGGCGCUCAGGCAGCAGCACACGCGGAUACUCAUCUGCACGCAUUCCAACAGCGCGGCCGACCUGUACAUCAAGGACUACCUCCACCCGCACGUCGAGAGUGGUAAUCCCGAGGCCAGACCGCUCAGGGUGUACUACCGUCACCGCUGGGUGAAGAGCGUGCACCCGGUGGUGCAGCAGUACUGCCUCAUGUCGCCCUCGCGCUCCGAGUUCCUGCCGCCCGUGCAGGAGGACGUCCUCAAGAGCCGCGUGGUCGUCACCACGCUCAGCACGUCACGCACGCUGUGCCAGCUCAACCUGCCCGCGGGCUUCUUCACGCACAUCCUCAUCGACGAGGCGGCGCAGGCGAUGGAAUGCGAGACCAUCAUGGCGCUCGCCCUCGCCACGUGCGACACGCGCAUCGUGCUCGCCGGGGACCACAUGCAACUGUCCCCGGUGGUGCACAGCCGGUUUGCGCGCAAGAAGGGGCUCCACCUGUCGCUGCUGGAGCGCCUCUACGAGCUCUACCCGCCGGCCUUCCCGUGCCGCGUGCUGCUCUGCGAGAACUACCGCUCGCACACCGACAUCGUCAGCCUCACGUCGGAGCUGUUCUACGAGGGGAAGCUGGCGGCCAGCGGGCGUCAGCCGGCGCACGGCGAGCUGCAGCCGCUGGCGUUCUACACGGCGCGCGGGGAGGCCGUGCAGGACAAGAACAGCACCGCCUUCUACAACAACGCCGAGGUGUUUGAGCUGGUGGAGCGCGUGGAGGAGGUGUGCCGCAAGUGGCCCGUGGCGUGGGGGAAGCUGGGCGAGGGCAGCGUGGGGGUCGUGACCCCGUACGCCGACCAGGUGUUCCGCAUCCGCUCGCAGCUGCGCAAGAAGCGGCUGUACGACGUCAGCGUCGAGCGCGUCCUCAACGUGCAAGGCAAGCAGUUCCGCGUGCUCUUCCUGAGCACGGUACGCACGCGGCACACGCGGCGCCACGGCACGGACACCGGCUCCGUCGCCGUCGCGCCGGCGCUCGUCGUCACGGCGACGGGGGAAGGCGCCGCCGCGUCCGCCGAGCAGUGCCGGGACCCGCUGGACGACCUGGACCUGGGCUUCCUGUCCGACCCCAAGCUGCUCAACACGGCCAUCACGCGGGCACAGUCGCUCCUCGCCGUCGUGGGCGACCCCGUGGCGCUCUGCUCGCUCGGGAAGUGCAGGAAGCUGUGGGAGCGCUUCAUCGGCGCGUGCCACGACAGCGGCAGCCUGCAGGGCACCACGCUGGAGCAGAUCCGCGCGGAGCUGGACGGCGUGGAGCUCAAGAAGUCGUACGUGCUCAACCCGCUCGCGCCCGAGUUCGUGCCGCGGGCGCUGCGGGCCGCCGCCGCCGCCGCGGCCGCCACUUACUUCCCCUCCUCGCCCUCCGGAGGAGGUGGCGGAGGUGGAGGAGGUGGAGGAGUAGGAGGUCAGCACGCGUGGGAGCAGCUGCACGGAGGACUGCCCGACGUGAUCACGCACAAGCCGCACUCGCCCUCACAGGGCAAGAGCUCCUUCCAGAGGCAGAGCUCGCACGGCCAAGCCAAUGGCCAAGUCGGUCAGCCGAGCCCUCCCGGAGGAUCGCGCGUCAACGCCGUCAACGCCGCCAACGCCGCCGCAAACGCCGCCGCCAACACCGCCGCCGGGGCCCUCCCCACGGCCUCCCCGCUCGCUCAGGGGCCCCAGCCGCCCUCCCAGCAGUUGGGGGGUACUCCCGAGGGCCCCCCGAGCCCCCUGCAGCGUCUGGAGGCGCAGGGAGGGGCGGGCAGCUUGCUGUGCAUGCCCCAGCACUCUGGGUACCCGCCGGGCUUCCUGCUGCCCAUGCCCGUGUCGCCCUGGCCCAACCGCGUGGCCGUUGACCCGCGGCUGCUCGCGCAGCAGGCGGCCGCGGUCGCCUACCACCUCACCCUGCUGCAGGCGCAGCAGACGCGCGGCGCCGGCGGGGGCACGGCGGCGGCGGCGGCGUCGGCGUCAGCGGCGACGUCGGGCGCCACUCAGGCCGCCCCUCCCACGACGCCGUCCGCUGCCGCCCUGCCCUACCCUCCCUGGGGCCACCCGUCGUCGGCGGUGGCCGCGGCGGCCACGGCGGGCGUCCCGAGCCUUCCCUGGGCCCAGAAUCCGCAGCAGCAGCAGCAAGUGCUGGGAAACUCUGGCGGAUCGGUGACUCCAGAUCUGGAUCUUCAUGAUAAACAGCUGAAGCUGACGGUAGCAGCAGGUGAAUCUGGCGCUGGCUGCGGUGGCUCCGGGCGCCACCGGCAAGGAGCCCAGAAGCGCAUGCAGCAAGCGGACUUCUCGCCGGGUGCCCGACGCCACCCGGUUCCUCGCUGUUCCAGCAGCAGCAGCAGCUGGAGCAGCACACGGCAGCCGAAUUGCAGCAGCAGCAGCAGCAGCAGCAGCACAAGUCGUUGA